UCCUUCCCCCUCUCACUCUCUUUCUUUUUCUCAUAACUCAUUCACACCACAAACGCUUUAAUUCAAGUGCAUAUCAAGGAAAGCCUAAAUAGUGGAAUCCAACAACUUUUUGCCGAUCAUAAACGAGGAUAAAAGGAUGGCCAUGGACCCACCUUUCCUAGAGACCUACAAGACCCUCUUGGACACAGCCAAAGAAGGUGCUAAUGGUCGUAAAGAGGUUGUUAUUAUUGAGGAAUGUGAGCUUCCAUUGAUUGAUCUUGGCCGUUUAAAUCUUGGAAAAUUGGAGAAAGAAAAGUGCAAGUCAGAUAUUGCUAGGGAAUCACAAGAGUGGGGGUUCUUUCAAGUUGUGAAUCAUGGGAUUUCACGAGAGAUUUUGGAGAAAAUGAUGAGCGAACAAGUUAAGGUUUAUAGACAACCAUUUAAUAACAAGAGCAAAGAGUUAUUUAAUUUCUCUAGCGGGACUUACCGAUGGGGGACGCCUACAGCUACUUGCCGUGAGCAGCUGUCAUGGUCUGAAGCUUUUCAUAUUCCUAUGAAUGACAUACCGUUUUCCAAUGGUUUCAGUAGUCUCAGCUCGACAAUGGAACAAUUUGCUACAACUGUUGCCGAUCUAGCACAAAAAUUAGCUGCGAUUUUGGCAGAGAAGUUAGGCUUCAAAUCAAAUUUCUUUCAAGAAAACUGCCUGUCAAGCACUUGUUAUCUACGAAUGAACCGAUACCCGCCUUGUCCAAUCCCUUCAGAUGUAUUUGGCCUUAUGCCACACACUGACAGUGACUUUCUCACAAUAUUGUACCAAGAUGAAGUUGGAGGAUUGCAAUUAGUGAAAGAUGGGAAAUGGUUCGCUGUCAAGCCUAAUCCUGAGGCUCUAAUAGUCAACAUUGGAGACUUAUUCCAGGCUUGGAGCAACGAUGUUUAUAAGAGUGUCCAACACCGUGUUGUCACAAAUCCACGAGUUGAAAGGUUCUCAACAGCAUAUUUCUUCUGUCCUUCAUAUGAUACUGAGAUACAAAGCUGCUAUGAGCCUUCAGUUUAUAAGAAAUUUAGCUUUAGAAUGUAUAGACAACAAGUGCAAGAUGAUGUUAAGAAAUUAGGUCGUAAGGUAGGGCUCCCAAGGUUUCUUGUAUAAUAAAUAAUUUCUGUGAUUAAUUAAUGAAGAAAAUGUACUUUUGGGGAAUGAAAAUAUAUAGUUAUUAACAA